AUGGCCCCACAGAACACGCGUAUUUCACCCUUGGAUGAGGCUUUGUCCCUCCUCGGAUCGUCCACAGUCACCGAUCGGAAUCAAGGAGUCGAACAAAUCUCUAACUUGCUCACAAACCCUUCUAAUUGGAAUUCGAUCAAGGAAUCCCGCUGGGCCGAAAUAUUCCAUCAACUCUUCUCAGCUGCCGACACGGAAAAAGCAGCCAUACUCAAGCCAUCCAACGCUCGAAAGGGCUCGAUCGCCAGGGCUUCCAACCUCAAUCGGCUUCGAGCCGCACUGACUUUGAUUCGAAAGUGUGUCGUACAAUUCGUCUCACUGUUCAAGCACAAGGUUAUGAAGCUGGUCAUCAAUCGUACGAUCGAAUUGAUUGUCGUGGCCAAGAAUCGAACUUUAAUGGACUCUAUCGUUCUUGAUUGUAUUCGGAUCUUGCGAGACUUCUUGUUGUAUCGUCCUCAUCUCGAGCACCUCGGCCAUGAGCUUUCCGCGGAAAUUCUCGCGAUCUGCUUUGCAUCAAUCUUGGAUCGAAAACUCCCCGAGACUUUCUCGAUUCCUGACAACGAGUCAUUUGGUGCUGAACCACCUCUAGAAGCCGAGCCGCUCAAUCCCACCGAUCGAUCCCAAGCGGCGAGCCCAAGGAUGAUUGAUUCUUGCCAAUUAUUAUCGAUUGUCAUUCCCGCUUCCUCAUCAGUUUGUCUGGAGUGCUCUAAAUCCCUACUGUUCGACUUUCGCAAUGUAUUGGAAAAAUUCCCCCGUGACACAUCUGCCCAUUUCCAUCUGAUAACUGCUCUGCAUCUGUUACUCCGAGAACUUGAACUGAAUAGGGGUAGAGACCUGAGCCGAUCAGCCAUCCUUCUGGGCAACUGCUUGAUCUCUUUGUGGCCGAACAAGAACAUUGCCUUGAAAGAACAGAUCGUCCUCUGCUUGACCUACCUGCUCCCUUUCGUCAUUCGUGAAGCAGAACUCGAUCAGAUGAAUUCUGAAUCUCAAGCGUCACCGCAGGCGGAAGACCUGGUCAGGAAAAUCACACAUGUCAUUUCGAAUGAUGUAGAACUUUACACCAAAAGUUCUUCAAUCUCACUCGGUACUCUCCGCUUGGUUGUCCCUCGCAAAGGAUUUGAUUCAUCUUUCUUCUGUACCAAGGGAUUCACUCGGACUUCUUGUGAUGGUGUUGACGUGGCGAUAGAGAGGGUCCAGGCUGUAACUUGGGCAGCAUUAAGACUAGGUGCAUCUGCUCUCAACCAUGUCACCCAGUCGACUCACCAGCCUUCCGCUCGGGGGCCAGAGACUCCCUCAAAACGGCGCAAGGUCGAGAGUGAACUAGAAAUCUUUCUUCAAGAUAUCCAACCUGGUUCUCUAUCUGCGGCUGUCGUACACCGGAUUCAGCUCUUAACCGUAACCGUUGACCUGCAUUGGGAAAAUCUUGACAACUCAUCCCGGCAGAAGAUUAUUGAAAGGGUACUCGGAUUGCUCCAAUCAGAUGAUCCGGUGGUAGUGAGCUGGGCCUUUAUCUUCUUUGGCAACACGGCUCAUUGCAUUGCUCCUCCGGGGAACUCAUCAUCUUCCUAUCAAGAAACGCCGCCCUCUGAUUCGUGGGGACCAAACAUUGAGCAUUGGAAGCAGAUAUGGUCUUAUGCCAUUCAUCGCACCGCAAACCCAACAUGUUCUCGUUCAGCCAGCUACGCAGCUUUCUGCAUUCUGGUAACCCAUCAACUCCCCGUCCACGCUACUCACGAGGCUAUCCACGGAUUCUUGCGGGACUUGGAUGUACAGGGGCCACCUUUCCCAUACGAUUCUGUAUGCAUGCUCAUCUCGGAGUGCCUUGCUUUGGCCUCAGAAGAUAUACAAUUAUCAGCUUAUGCAUUGGAAGAAAACGUCCUCAGGUGGCUCAAUAAAACGUGGCCCGAAGUUGAUCGUUCGACCGCGACUUGCAAUCUUAUAGGCGGCGGUUCCGCUCAGCGAAAUAGGCGAGCUUCAACGGCAGGUUUUGACUCAGAAGCCGUUUUCCAAUUACUGGUUUCGAUAGCAAAGCUCCCUGAAAUCUCACUGCCUACUCCAAUGCAAGUACCUCCUGAUUGCGCUACAACCGAAGUAUUCGCCUAUCUGCAAGCCACCCAGUCCACUAGGUCCUCGAUCUUUCCUGGCAUCCAGCAUCAUCUGUCUCGGUAUGAUGCAGACCAUUCUUCCGAGCCUCGCAAUGUCCGCGCGCGCCUCUCGGUACACGACUCAUCUUCUCGUUGUAACUCAAAACUCGAGAUAAUGGCUAUUUUGCGUCGGUCUAUGGAAAGGAUAUCACAAGAAUUUGAUCAGAAGAACGUCGAGCAAACAUUGUCUGCAGUAUCAUGUUCACAUCUACAAAUGAUUAUCAAGAUGCUAAUAAUUGUGAUAUUGUUCCAAGCCUCAUGCCAAGCCUCGGACAGCUCAUUUGAUUCAGAAAUUAUAAAAUUCAUUGUCUCUGUCUUUGACGUAACCAUACAGCUAGUUGGGUCGUCCAAGUGGUCACCACCAGAACGCGCGCAACUUUUGGCUUGCGUUGAACCAAUCAUCUUGCCCUCAGUCAAUCGGAGUGCGACAGUCUCAUGUGAUGGCUUGGCGCGACCAGGAGUGGCAUCUGGUAUCCGAUUGAAGGAGCGCGCAAAGCUGCAACUGGGCAGAUUCGAUUCGGAUGCUAGAGCUUGUCCGGGCAGCGUUCCAUUACAACAAUACGAAAUUGCUGCAUCCCAGGUUUGGUCGUUUAGUCCACCCGUGCGGACACAGCUCGAUGCAUUCUCGAAGAUGUGCGAGAGGCUCUUACAAUCCGUGUCGUCAGUAGCCGCAUCUACUGCGCCUGGGAAUGCGAUAGAAACAUAUCUUGUCCAAACUCAAGCCACUGGAACUACAAUCAACUUUGAAGAAGAAGAAGAGGAAGAGCUUGUGGUUGGCGAUACCCUCCUAGCGCAAGUCGAAUCAACAAUCUGUAAUUCUGAUGGCUCCAUGAAAAGAAACUUUCGUACAGGUUUGGGGAGUAUUGGGACUGAACGAGCCACUUUGGUCGUAGCCAGCGUUUGUGUACGAACUACAGUCACUUGCACGAGGACCUCAACUGAUCAUCCUCAAUCCGCCCGCCCCCUCCCACUUCUUUCGAUGAUAAUUGAUUGCGUAGGUUUGGAAGUGGUUUACAUAGGUUCUCCUAUGCUUGAUUGCAUUUUUAGCGGAUGGAUUACUCUGACGGCUGAUCAAGCCGACCAGGUCCUUCAACAUCUUGGUGAUACAUAUUUAUCCACCUACACCUAUUCUCAAAAUGCCAGUGUGCGCAAGUUAUCUCUUCAAGUUGUUCAAACCACUCUAUCCCAUUGGAAGCGCGCAGCCGAAGGAAUCCAGGAAGACGUUGAGUUAACAGCUCACCAAUUGGUGGAAUACAUGACCUCGCAAAUGCUUCAAGGAACAUUAAGAUCUUGGGAGGUGCAGUGCGAAUUAAGUCGUCUACUUGAUGCCUGCACGAGAUCGAAUCUUCCUCAGACGAGCUGGGCGCCUUUGGUAAUUGAUGAAGGUCAAGAUGUAGUCUCGUCUCGGCCGGCUGACCUGAUGCUCUGGUUUUUGGAAGAUCAAGACUACCGCGUACGAUACCGAGCUGCGCUUUAUGUGUCUCGAUCGUUUGAGCUGAGGGAUUCAGAAAAUUUCCAUCCGGUGGAAUAUUGGCGACAAGUGGUUGAGCAUCUCGAUCUAGCGGCCGUUCAACUAGAGAUUUCGUUGACUGCGACGUUAUGCAUGAUCAACAUUUUCGUAGUCAGUGAAGAAAUCCGACCCCGAGUCUACCACAAACUGUUAAGCCUGCUGUCGGACCCGCCAGCUCUUCCUGACGAAGUUCUUCAUUACAAGUUGGGGCAUGGGCUUCUGCGCCGUGCUUCCGGUCAAUUGGGGUUUACAUCGACAAUGGACCUAUAUCUGUUCUACGCUGCCCAUAUUGCUCGAGUGAAUCUAGAGCAAGAGGAGUCACCGCCAAUUUGUAGUCACUUAUGUGUUGGCCAUCGCCUGAAACGCCACCAGAGGGACGAGCUGUUCUAUGGUCAUUUUUUGGCAGUUGGCCCAUAUCUAUACAUUGCCGAUCAGAAGUCCUUCAAGAAGUGUGCCGAGUGUGCUACUUUGAAAGAAGACGAUGCCCUCCGCUUAUGCUGCUCUGCUAUAGCCGCUGAACUAGUUGCUCGCGCUUGUACACAAAUGGCUUCAUCAGAUUGUGCACUUACCGGGAUCAAUGAUUUGAUUGAACCAAUGCUCAAGACCAUGGCUAAAAAUUUAAAGCUAGAGCGUGGAAUAAUGGAAUUGGAAAGUGACCGAGUGGUUAUUCAUUUAAUGCGUCUGGUGCAUGUUACGCCUGAAGGCCUAGAUGCUAUUUCGAAGAUCGUGAUUCGAGAUUCCACGCAACGCAACGUAUUUGGAGUUCUUACCUCCAGCUUGCGGAAACAUUCACCUUGUGAACCUGCCUUACCAUUUUACCCAAUCUUGCGCAUCGCACAAGGUAUCAAGUGGAUCGGGGACGGUCACUCACUUUUCACUGAACCUGCCUUCGUAUACAACGUCCUUUGCCAGACCUUUGCUUCAUUGACCAGCUGCUAUUUUACCAACGACCGCCUCAGAGUUCUGUAUUCCCUGAGCAUUUUCAUCUCUCUUUCUCACCAUACAAUCUCUUGUUCCCUCCCCAUUCUUAGCCUGAUCAUCCAAGCUCUAUCUCCGCUUAUAUCUCAUGACGACAUUUUCCAGCCCGUUAGUAAAUUCAUUCAAUGGACGAUUAUGAAGGCUUUGCAGCCCUCUAACACCGAAUUAAAAGGCCAUGCCUCCAUGGCCCAGCUUAUCAUCUCUGUCGCCGAUUCAAUGAAACGGGUGGCCAAUUCGACCUUAUCAGACCCACCAGACAUCAUUUGCGCCACGGAGUUCAACUCGUGGUUAUUAGAGCACGUCGCAAAGACCAGCCAAUCAGGCCCAUUGGAAUACCAAACGCUUUGUCAUAGCCUGUUAUUUAAUUGGCCAGAAAGUCACAAAAUAGAAAUCGAGGACGGCGCAAUGAGAUCGGUGCUUGGCAGCUCUACUGGCCCAACAUUCAAAAUGAUCCAUCACCUCCACAGCCAAAACUUUCCAGGAACUGCGGCCGAAACCGGAAAUAUUCUUUAUCGCUUACUCGCAUCCGCUCAAAACUUGAAGACCGAAAUCAAAGUUGAAGAUUGUCAAGCCUACUUGAAGUUGUUGUAUCAAAAUUCGGGUGUCUUAUCAUCACCUCGCCUUGGAGAAUCAACACUUGCAGAACCAAACGCUGGUUUCGAGGAACGGUCGUUGGACUCCGAAGACGAAAUCAUCUCCCGGAUAUAUGCUAUCAUGGUGUCAUAUCUUCAGACAUACAAUUUUCCGCUUUUAUGGUCUCUGACGGAUUUCUUACAAAGAACAUCCAGUUUUGCAAGUCUGCCGACGCUCACGAAGAGUGGUUUCUCAUUAGCACCUCUCUUGAUUGAAAAAUUCAGGCUUAGUUGUCACAAGUCUGAAUCACUGGAAUAUUCCGUGAAACGAGUCUUUAAGUCUAGAAGUCCUCCAGAUUUUCCUUCAUUGGAAAGAUUGGCUUACUCAUCGUGUCACUGGACUCGCGGCUUUCUACAUCUUCUUGUCGCUUCCCGGGCUCGAGCGCGACAGUUUUACGUGCAACUAAUCCCCUUGUUAGAAAGCAAUGACGAGCUUGCAGCUAAAUUCCUCCCUCAAGUAUUACAUUCUUGUCUACUUGAAGAAAUUGGCUCUACUGAAGCCAAUCUGAGAACUAAGGUGUCAAAGCAUAUCCGCACCAUACUUACUUCACAUUCGACCCACCAAGAUGUUGGCAUUCGUGUUCUAGAAUUGGUAACUCAUCUAAGAUCCCACCCAAGGCCCGGCAAGGAUCCCCUCGGAAAUAAUAAAUGGCUAGACGUUCCAUGGCUCCAGUUGGCAAAGCAAGCAACUAAAUGGCGGAUGGCAGCCUCUGCUUUCUUGUUUGUUGAGAUUGCGCGCGAAGAAGGUCUAGCAAUUGACGUUACAAAGCCGCUUGAUGGCGAUCUCCAGUCUUUGCUUGAGCGCCUUUACAGCAUUUCACCCGAGCCAGAUGCAUUUUACAGUCUAAUACCCUCAAAUCCAACGAAAUUUUUGCUCCAGCGCUACCAGCAUGAGAAUCAGUGGGAAUCUGCUUUCGGAUUUCAUGGCGCCUUAGUCGAAGACCUUAGCAUCAAAUCCCGAGCAUUUCGUGAAGAAAUACCAUCACUUGCCGGCUACCUUUCAGGAAAUGGCUUGAACCGACUAGCACACAUGGUUCUCCAAACGCAUAAUCUCGGCCAAGAUCUAAGUCGAACCUACACCAGCGAGGCCGAAAAACUAUCUACGCUACCUCUUGAGUUGGCAUGGCGUGCCUCUGUUUGGGAUUUGCCUGCGGGCAAUCAGGUGAAUGUUGAUUCAUCGACUAGGAUUUAUAGCAGCUUGAAAUCCUGCUACAGAGACCGAGAGAACAGUGCCCAAAUUGACAUCACAAGCAGUUGUCUCUUAGGCCAAUUCAAGGAGCUUAUCAACAGCACUAGUGCUCGCGUCCAGCCUAGUUCCAAAGAUGUAGGAUCAGCUCUGGCAUUGAGCAAUGUGUUAGACUGGCUGAAGAAUCCUCGGAAAGAUGAUUUUGAGUCCCUUGUUUCUCUACCUUCCAGUUUCUCGUAUGAUGUGCUCGAACGAAUAUCUGCCGUUCGAAGGAGCCUGUUACAAGUAGUAACCGAACAAAAGCAAGGAGAAGCUGUCCAAGAUAAAAUAAAACGUACGGCUGCUCGAGAAGCAGAAUUGAAAUUGCGCAUCAAGACUAGUCAGGCGGCACGUCAGUCCGGCAAUGUCCAAGCUGCAGUCAACAUCAUCAUCCCAUUUUCCAACUUGACCGAUGAAGAAAUGGGAGGCACAAUUUUACACGCGAAGGAGGAAUUUGCUCAAGUGUUAUGGGCCAAAGGUGAAAAGGCCCUGGCGCUUAACAUAAUGAAAGAAGUUCAAGCUCUGCAAAAAAAUCUUCCAGAAUCGGCUGUGCAACUUUGCCAGAUAGGAGAAUGGAUUUCACUUGCCCGGCUGAAUUCCCCCAUGGAGAUCGUCGAUCAAUAUUUUGAAAAGGCCAUCAAAAGUCUCGAUAGCAUGAAACAUCCCGAAGCCUUGGGAGAAAUCUCAUACAGCUACGCCAAAUUCGCAGAUCAGCAAUAUCAUAAAAUGGAAGAUUCCGAAGAGAUGAAAAAAUUGAGGAAAUCUACGAAAAGGCUGCAAGCAGAGAUCAAGGGGGCUUCAAAGCUUGCUAAAGUCGAUGGAGGUGCUAAAAGAUUGGUGGCACUGAAGGAAAGACUCUUUGAAGAAGAUAAUAAUAGACUCGAAUCUCUUUCCAAACUCCAAACUCGUUAUUUAUCUUCAUCGCUCACUAUGUAUCUGUCUUCUCUCUCACACUAUGAUAAGGCAGAUGAGGUCAUUUUCCGCUUCGUUUCGCUCUGGUUGGAACACCACUACGAUGAUGCAUUGACUAAAGGCAUUUCUGCCCAUCUCAACUCGGUUCCAACGCAUAAAUUUAUACCAGUGGCCAAUCAGUUGUCGGCACGACUUAGUAAGGAAUCGAGUUCGGAAUUCCAAAAAGCCCUGGGUGAUUUGAUCGUCCAACUCUGCCAAGAUCAUCCUUUCCAUGUUCUCUUCCAGAUUCUAUUACUUCAGCGUGGAAUAGAGUCUAGUUGCCUCGAUAGCCUGAAUAGCUCUAGAUCUCGCCGGACCUCGAAUGUAACUGCCUCCAAUACUCUAUCCCCUAGUGAUCGUUCUCGUGCGGAGGCAGCCAAUGAUGUGCUGAGUAAAAUAGUUCAAACCGGACCCAGGAAGAAGGUUAUCAAAGAGCUUCUAAUGGUUCACAAGGCCUAUAAAGAAUGGGCAUUACAUCCCUUGACCAUUGGCAACAAGGGGCCUAAGUCAGGUAGCCGUGCACAAAUACCUGCACAUUUUUCAGUAAACAGCCUUAAAGACCUAUCUAUUCCAGUUUCAACCUCGCGCAUAUCAAUCGACAAAACACGACGUUACCUUCCAGAUAGCAUACCUUGCAUCAGCAGCUAUGAGACCACCUUCACUGUGGCCUCGGGUAAGAGCACACCAAAGAUUACGACGUGUCGAGGCUCGGAUGGGAUUCGUUAUAAGCAACUCUUCAAAGGUGGCGAUGACGCUCGACAAGAUGCGGUCAUGGAGCAGGUAUUCGAAUUGGUCAACAGUGUCCUGGAACGUGACCCCGAAUGCCAGAAGAGAAGGUUGAAUUUUAAGAUUUAUAUGGUAAUCCCGCUAUCUCCUGAUUCUGGCCUCAUUGAGUUUGUCAAGAACACAUCAUCGUUACUGGAAGUCCUCAAGCCAGUACAUGCUAAAUAUAACCAACCGCCGGACUGGGAAUUCGAAAAAUUGUGGAAGUACUUGGCCAUCAAGGCAAGUGCUGAACAGAGGAUAAAAAGGUAUCAAGAAGCCAUUACACAUUGUCGACCAGCGAUGAGAUUUUGGUUUUGGGAAAAUCAAAAAUGCCCGCAGAAAUGGUACGAGAUGCGUCUGAAUUUCACCAGAUCCGCGGCGACCACUUCAAUUGUAGGCCACAUCUUAGGACUAGGAGAUCGACAUCUAUCUAACAUUCUAAUCGAUCGAGUGACUGGAGAGGUCGUCCAAAUUGAUCUUGGAGUAGCUUUUGAUGGAGGGAAAUUAUUACCUAUACCUGAACGGGUACCUUUUCGACUAACUCGAGACAUGGUUGAUGGAUUUGGAGUGGCCCAGACCGAAGGCGUCUUUCGCCGAUGUUGCGAACAAACCCUGCGUGUUUUAAGAGAAAAUAAGCGGCUGAUCAUGACAAUUUUAGACGUUCUGAAGCAAGAUCCCCUCCAAUCAUGGAUCGUGUCCAAACAAGAAGAAAAGGUCAAGCAGGGAGCUAAGCAGGAUUUAGAAAGCAGCGGAGAAGAAGAUGAAGAGAGUUGGGAUCAAUCCAUGAGCGAUGCUCCUGAACAGGCCUCUAGGGCACUAGCUUCUGUCGACGACAAGUUAUCCAGUAAUCUGAGCGUAGAAACAACGGUUAAUCAGCUUAUCCUCGAAGCCACGUCGGUUGAAAAUCUUGGGUCUAUCUUUUGUGGUUGGUCUGCUUUUUAUUGAGCCUGAAAGGAAGAAGCUUAUUGGCCUUCAAGUGUAGUCCAUAAAACAUAGAAUACUAUCUAUUGAAAAUUGUCACCAUUGAUUGCUGUACAUCUACUCAAUGAUUCAAUUCAGUGAAUCUUCAAUUUUUUACUUCUGUCCAAGAUAAUAGAUGAAGGGGGCUCUGGGCCUUACAAUUUUGCUUCUACAAUUAAUGUUGUGGUUUUGUGAAUAAUGAUGAUAAUUCUUAGAACAAC